AUGGGUGAUGUUAAAAGAUUUUCCGUUGAUCAAAUAACUCUUAUUAAUGAUGGGAUUUUUAAACAACGUGCCGAUUGUAUAGUUUUGUAUACUGAUGGAGUGGAAUUUAAAAAACUUAUGCAUGAAAUAUCUGACAAUGAUCAGUUAAAAUGUCAAAUAUUGACUGCUUGCGAUCAGAUAGCAAAUGAUCAGCAGCAACAGCAUCAUAUUCAAUAUCAAAUUAUUCAUGCGUCAAGCAAGUUGAAAGUUAAAGCUGACCAUCUUUUUGUAGUUAGUCAACCGGAUAGUAAUUCGUUAGAGCAUCAAUGGUUUAAUACAAUUAUUGAUAUUGCCAAUAAAGAACAAAUGUAUUCAAUACUAUUUCCAUAUCGUUUAUACACAAAGAAAGACAUAUGGUGUUCACUUGAUAUUAUUCUUCAAUUAAAAAAGGAAAAUAAAUUGCAAAAUGUUCCAGAAAUACGAAUUAUCUACGCAGAUGAGACAAAUUUUGCAAAAGAAAAAAUAAAAUUAGAAAAAUUUCAAUCUGAUUCGAAAAAACAAUUGAAAAACAAUGGUAAGAAUAUCAGAUUCCGUAUAACCUCCUUCAGCUCUACAACGAUUAGUUGA